AUGCCCGACGAAUUGAAUACCAAAGCCCUGUUUAAAACCCAUUAUGUGGUAUGGCGUAUUUUGGGCAUGUUACCUCCGAAAAAAGAUCGUACUCUAUAUUGGAUGUAUUCAGCGGUGUUUAACAUUUCCAUUACAAUUGGAUACCCACUACAUUUAAUAGUGGGUCUAUUUGCCAGUAACAAUGCCUAUGAAUUCUUUCAAAACAUGGCCAUCAACUUAACUUGUGCCUUUUGUACCAUGAAAACCAUUGCAAUUUGGUGGCGUUUUGACAAAGUCGAUAUUAUGUUUGAAAUUAUUCAGCGACAAGAUGACCGUGUUCGCACUCAGGAAGAAAUGUCCUUUCUUCGGAAAAUGGUACAUCCGCCGACUAAAAGGAUAAUUCUGACAUUCACAAUUUUGUGUAGCAUCAUAGCGGUGUCAAGUGAAUCUACCGUCUUGUUUAAUGGACUAAUGGGUAAUUGGACUCUGAUGCAUAAGGGCUACUUUCCUUUUGACAUUUUUAAGAGUACAAGGAAUUACAUAAUUGCCCAUUUAUAUCAAAUUAUCGGUCUGUCCUAUAUGAUUUUGCAAAAUGUGGUCAACGAUACCUUUGCACCUGCACACUUGUGCCUGCUACGUGGUCAGGUGCAAAUGCUGAAUAUUCGUAUUGGAAAAAUUGGUCACGAUUCGAAUAAAGGAAGUGCCGAAAAUAAUCAAGAAUUACUGGAAUGCAUCAAGGUGCACAAGGACCUGCUGGAAUACCACCACCAAUUGGAGGAAAUAAUUUCCGUGUAUAUGUUUUUCCAAAUUAUGGUGGGCGCGUUCAAUAUGUGCAUCAUUUUGGUAUUCAUUAUACUCUUCGUCAAGGACAUCUUCACCCUGCUCUACUACACUUUCUAUUUUAUUGGUGUCAUUUUUGAAUUGCUUCCCGGUUGCUAUUAUGGCACUCUGUUGGAAGAUGAAUUUCAUGAGCUGACCUAUGCAUUGUUCACCUGUAAUUGGCCUGAGCAAGAUGUGGAAUUUCGAAAGAAUCUUCGUAUAAUUGCCGAACAUACUACACGUCGUGUUUACGUUACUGCAUGGCUAUUUCGUGUGAACAACAAUGCUUUCAUUUUAGCUUGUAAAAAUGCAUAUGCUUUAUUCGCACUUGUCAUGAAUAUUAAGUAA